GACAAAAGGCACUAUGUUCCAAAAAUAAUGCAUUCGACAAAAAGUGUGCGCUCGAUUUCGAUUGUAAACACUCUCUCUAUAUAUACGGUAUCACAAAUUAAAGUCAUGAAUGUAAAUGUGAAUAAUAUUCAUUCAUCUGAGGCAAAAAAACUACAAUAGCAACAUAGUGUGUUAAUGAAUUGAAAACAAAAAUUUAUAAAUUUUAAUGAAUCGCACCGAAAACGGCAGCAAAAAUACGGACGCACACAGCUAAAGUUAAAGAAUAAACAGUCGAAGGGAAAAAAUGGAAAAUAUUUACAUUGUAGAAAAAUAAAUACAAAUAUCAACGGGAAUCAGUGAAAGAAUCCAACAAAUGUGUUUUUAUCAUCGAAUUUUUUUAUUUUAAAAAUUUUUUGCGCGUAAUAUUUGCAAAGCAGCCGGUGCGAACAAAUUAUUCACACAUAUUAGAGUCCAUGUCCGGAGAAAUGAAGUAAAAUCCAGCCGAAAAUCGUAUUCAAGUGACCGUUAAAUAUUCCAUUGGCACGCACGCACUGAACAUAAAUUUCAUCUAAUUUAUGUUACUGUUAAUGUAUUUGUUUUAUUUUCGUGAAAGUGAAUUCAUUAUUUUUUUAUCGUGAAACACACGAAAAACCAUAAAAGCAUAAAAAUACCAUUUUCAAAAAGGAAAUUGAAUUAUUUACAAUACACUUUUUUUUCAAUUCGAUUCAUUCCAUUUUUACCGCUGCAAAAAUAACAGUCACCAAAUUAUUCGAUACGCAAAAUGAAAAUCGAUUUGAUCGUGCGUCACUUCCAUAAUGGGAGACAGGGGAGGAGAUACGGUUAUGUCCAACCAUUUUUUAUUAUCAUCGCUAUUUUGAUGGCAACAAUGAACACGUGUUCCAGCCGCAGCAUGGAGCCGGCACAAUCAACUGCAGAAGCAAUUUCAACUAAACAACUGGACACUGCUCCACCUCUGAAUGAGGCAAUUUCAAGUGAAUAUUCGAAUGCACGACAAAUGCGCACGAAAAUUUAUGAACCGAUGGCAAUGGCGCCCGAAACGAAAGAAUUUAAAACACAUUUUUCGUUGAAUCCCAAUGUGAAAAAGCAUCUAAAAUCUAUCGUUCCAUUUGGUAAGUCACGUCAACCGCAAUCAUACUGUUCGGUACACAGUUCGGAUAAUUCGUUUGGUGGUGGUUCCAAUGUGGCUGGUACAUCGGCUGGGUCGGCCGGCUCUACAUCAUCAUCAUCUUCUUCUUCUUCUUCUUCCUCCUCCUCCUCUUCCUCUUCUUCCUCAUCUCAAUUUACGGGUUCAAGUAGUGGUUCAUCUUCUUCGUUUUCCAGCUCGAACUCUCAAGCUGCAUCAUCAACUGAUGACCAACAUCAAACAAUUGCAUUCCCUGCAUCCGCACCUGCCGCACAUACAUCUAGCGACGAUUCCCUGCCCACAAAUGCCCAAUACUAUCCGAUUGCCGCAAGUGAAUCACAAUCGAACAAUGACCUUAACACUGCAAACCAACACGAUGAAAAGCAAGAAGCAGCCACAUCGAAUACCGGCUUUUUUGACAGCCAUAAAAAGACAUGGGCAUACUUUAUGAAAGCACCAACACAUAUCAUGCAAAAAUGGAAAAAAUAUCAUGCUGAUUUAAGUGGAAGAGGUGCUCUUUAUGGCAGCGACUAUUUUGCACACGAAUCUUGAACUCUUUUCUCUGUAUCAAACAAUGUCAACUUUAUGGAUGGAAAUUUUAACUUCGUUUUUAAUGUAGUGUAAUAAAAAAAUGGUUCUAAAUUUUGAAUCAAAAAAAUAUAAAGAAAAAACAAUUUGUAAACAAACAUUAAAUAUAUAA